AUGUGUCCACCGGCAGCACGCGCUCUCCGUGCGCUCCUGCUCGCGCUUUGCGCCCUCAGCCCGAUAAUCACAGCCUUUAAACCACUUCAUCCACGCAAUGUGAAGCUAACGUCAGUGAAUAAGGGCUUAAAGGUGACCUGGGAACCACCUAAUGAGUUGGACGGUCGGCCAGUUGAUCGAUACAGUAUUGGCUACGGAAAGUCCAUGAGGUCUUUACGCUUCAUCAAGGUGGACAAGGACCGCCGCUCCGAGGUACUAGAGGAUGUAGAACCUGGAGUCCUGCACUUUCUCAAGAUGAGUUCUGAAAAUGAGGAGGGAAUGAGUAAACCAGUCUACAGAGCAGAAACUCCAGGAGGUGGGGAAUGGGUAAAACUGGACGGCUUUGCUGUUGAAGGUGGGAACAGCUCCUCACCAGGUAGGAGGUCACCUGAAAUCUCCUCUAACGUAAGCCCAAGUCCUACAGUUCAGAAACCAAAGUUGUUACGGCAGAGAGCCCCACAGUCCUCCUCAGGCCCAGAGGCUCCACGCAGAGGAGGAUAUCUGCCCAUCCGCUCUCAGAACAAGCAUAGGAUGGACCUAAGUCAGCCCCAGGCUGACCAGCGCAAUGGUAACAAACCUAAACUAGCAUCUGAGUCCAUCCAUGUGGUAUCACUUCAGGCACAAAAACCCCAACAGAGGAAAAUACCAGCGAUCAAGACUGUCAAAACCGAAAUCCCUCCUCCAGAGCAUGAAGAAGUAGAGGAGGUGGAAGACACCACAGUGAGGAUUCUGUCUCCCCAGUCUGUUGUAAUCACAUGGGUGGAUCCACUGGUCCAGAAACAGAAAAGUGUCCCUGAAGGUACCAGGCAGUACACUGUCAGAUAUAGAGAAAAGGGAGAAUCUGCUCGCUGGGAAUAUAAGGACACUGCACAGAAACGGCUUGUGAUUGAGAAGCUCUCUGCUGAUGGAAUGUAUGAAUUCUCUGUUCGAAUCACCCAGGGAGACCAACAUGGAAAAUGGAGUGUAUCUGUAUUCCAAAGGACUCCUGAAUCAGCUCCCUCCGGUCCUCCUGAGAACUUUGAGGUAACGGCACUUAAAGGGAAAGGCACAGCAGUCACUGCAACAUGGGACCCACCUGAUGAGCCCAAUGGUAAAAUCAGAGAAUACAUUCUGUCUUAUGCUCCAGCCCUGAAACCCUUUGGAGCAAAGUCAGUAACAUAUCGUGGUACUACGACCUCAGCCACCAUAGAUGGACUGACACCUGGUGAUCGCUAUAUCUUCAAAAUCCGAGCAGCCAACAGGAAAGGACAAGGACCACAGUCUAAAACCUUGAGUGUUGCAAUGCCACAAACCAGCACUACUGCCUCACGGCAUUCUAUUUUGUCCAAGAGUCCCUCCAGAACAUCUAUAAAUGAUGACUUAGAAGAUGAGGAUGCGGAAGACACAGAAGACUCUCAUAUGUCUACCACUACCUCUCCACCCACAAACAAGAAAUCUCGCCCCCUGUCUCAAACAAGGUCCUAUCACAGCAUUUUUUCAUCUAUAAGGGGCUCGGUCAGGAAUUCAGGUUCUAACUCUAGGACAGCCAUUAGCAGUGAUAGAGAAGAAAAUGAAGAAGAGACACCAACAGACAUUCCAAAAGAAGCUAAAGAAACAGCAAAUGAAGCUGUUGAGGAUAUGCAACCUGAAAGUACCAACAAUGUUCCAUCAAAAACUGGACAGGAAGAACAACAAAAGGCUUCAACUGGAGCUAAAGAAUCAAGCUCUAUUCUUAAAAGUUCAUUACCCAAGACUCAUUCCUCCCCUCCAGUGUUUAAAGAUGCCCAACACCAGUCUCAGUCACUGACACCUCGCACAUCACCUGUUGUCGGUGCUGGCCGUUUAAGACGACCACCUUAUGGUACCUCAGGGUCACGGCUAAGGAAUCAAAAAGAAGCAUCUUCUAGUUUACCUAGCAGCCAAGGCCAUGAGAAGAAAGUCCACACCAGCUCCUCUAAUGAAGAUAAAGUCAGUCUUACAGUAGAAAAAUCAUCUACCCCAUCACCUCAGGAAAUAAAGAUGGAAAAAGAGAGAGAGUCUUCAUCUAUGUCUUUGCCAUUGUCAUCCGCUGGAAUAAGUAGAAUUAACACCCCAACAAGUCAUGCCAGUAACUCAGGCCCUGGACCUGUCUAUGUAAAUGGCAGAAGACUACCUCAACCUAAGGGCAACAGAUAUCAAGCAGGACGACAAAAAACAGGUUUAACCUCAUCUGCUUCAUCACAAUCUUCAGCAGGAACCAGUACUGAUGACAAGGAUACUCACUCAACAAGGACUGUAGAUAUAAAACAUGACAAUACAAAUGAUCAGAAGAAAAAGAUCAAGAACAAUGAAGACCCACCCUAUCAGUAUACCACUACUCGUCCCCAUUCAAUCAAAGAAGACAAUACACGGGACCUUGGUAGCAAUAAUUAUAGACAAGACAAGGAUCUUAACAGUUAUUUGCCUUCAUCUCAUAUUCCUUCUACAGCAAGCCCAGGAAAUGGUUCCGCCUUGUCUAACAGAAAUUCCAGGAUAGUUUUUGGAAGUAGCCAAAGGAAAGAUGGCAGGAUCCCAUGGAGCAGGACUGCUUCUUCUGUAGGUGCAGGGAGGCCAAUUCUGAGAGGAAUACCAUCAAAUCCAACUUUAGGAGAGAAUGUCAGUGAUAAAAGCAAAACCUCUUCAACAAGCUAUACAAAAAAACAUUUGGUUGAUACUAAUCUUGAAAAACCCACAGUAAACAGCAGACAAGCAGCUUCAAGUAAUGAGCCAGCAACCUCUAACGAUCACACUGACAAAGAGGAAACAACCUCUAGCGAUGACCACAAACAUGAUCACCUCUCUGAGGUCAGCAAAGAAUCCCAUGAGAAAAGCAACAAGAAUUCUCCAACAACUGCAUCCCCCAAAACAAUUGCUCCUGUUAAAGAGAUUCAGCGGCCUGGACAAACCUCCCAGAACAGCUCUCACUCAUCCUAUGCACUAAAUAGACUCGGUUUGGGUUUUAAAGGAAAGGUUCGUUCUCCUCUAAUGGCCGAACGUCUGAAGGAGUUGCAGUUGCAGGGUAGGUUACAGACAGUGAAAAAUGCACAGCAGGGGUCUGCUGCUAAACAAAACUCCCCUUCUUCAUCUGCUUCAACGUCUUCAUCCUCUUCUGCCUCUCAGCCCAACGACCAUAAAGCUCCAACGUCAGAUCAAGCUCCAGCUAGAAAUCCAGUGGUGAGAUCACGCUAUCCAAGCAGAUCAGACAAAAAUUUACGAGGAAAAACACCAAUCAGCUUGCAUAAACCUAGUUAUGGGCAAGGCAAGAAUGGGCGACCAAAUCUAACAGCUACAAAUGGCAAAGUUGUAUCACCAUCAAAUGAAAAUACAAAAGAAAAUGGAGUCAAACAUAUUACAGGGCCUGAUGGAACCAAAUGGGUUGUAGAUUUGGAUAAAGGAGUUCUAAUGAAUGAAGAUGGAAGGGUUUUGCAGGAUUCGAGAGGGCGGCCCAGAAAAGUGGUGCUUGGAGAAGAUGGAAAAACUAUCUUUGAUGAGCAGGGUACCCCAUUAGUAAACCAAGAAGGUAUGGCUUUGUUUGGUCAUGGGAGGGACAGUCGGCCUGUGGUUAACCCCAAAGAAAAGUAUCUGACUGUGGGAGGGAAGCCAAUAGUGGGCCUGGACCGUCCUACACCCAGUACUACAACGACAACAACCACAACGACAACAACUACAACUAGACGUACAACUACACCCACAACCACCACCACAACCACUGCUGAACCAACAACAACAGAAAUGACAACUUUUGAAUCCACAACUGAAGCUCUCCCUACCUGUCCCCCUGGAACAUUUGCAAGGCUGGAUAAGGAUGGUAUUCCGGUUAUGGAUAUUUAUGGAAUACUGGAUUGCUACCCAAGUGAUGAGUUUUUGAUGGAGACCACCAUGUUCCCCACCACCACUCAGCUGCCCACCACCACUCAGCUCCCCACCACCACUCAGCUCCCCACCACCACUCACUCCCCCACUACUGAGUUACGCUUCUUCAACAACAACCACCCAAUCUCUGAGUUUGAUGCCGCUGGCAAGAAACGCUUCACAGCUCCAUAUGUGAACUACAUCCAGAAGGAUCCUGGUGCUCCAUGUUCCCUGACUGAAGCUCUAGAGUACCUGCAGGUGGAUGUGCUAGCUGAUCUCAUUGAGAAGGACUCUGUCACAGCAAGCCAAAAGCAGCCACCCAAACACAAACCCCACAACAUCACCGUGAUUGCUAUGGAGGGCUGUCACUCAUUUGUUAUCUUGGACUGGGCCCGUCCAUUGAAGGAUGACAUGGUGUCAGGGUAUAUGGUGCACAGUGCCUCCUAUGAUGAUGUCCUGAACAACAGAUGGUCAGCUAGUCUCUCAUCUGGCACCCACCUAGCGAUGGAGAACCUCAAGCCAAACUCCAGGUAUUACUUCAGAGUCCAAGCAAAGAAUAUUUUUGGUCUCGGACCGAUCAGCGAAACAAUAACUUAUGUUACAGAAUCAGAUGACCCUCUUCUUAUCGAGAGACCUCCAGGUGGCGAGCCUAUUUGGAUUCCUUUCACCUUUCGGUACAACCCUGCCCACAGUUCCUGUAAAGGAAGUCAGUUUGUCAAGCGCACCUGGUACAGGAAGUUUGUGGGUGUGGUCCUGUGCAACUCACUGCGCUACAAGAUCUUUAUGGGAGAAGGACUUAAGGAAACGUUCUACAGUAUUGCUGAUUCUUUUGGAAAUGGAGAAGACCACUGUCAGUUUGUAGACUCACAUUUGGAUGGAAGAACAGGACCACAAACCCUUUCCUUCUACCUACCCCAAGCUCAAGGUUACUAUCGAUCGUAUAGACAAGAGCCCGUAGGUUUUGGGCCCAUUGGCAGGCGUACAGCUCAUCAGUUUGUGGGCUGGUAUGAGUGCGGGGUCCCAAUCCCUGGAAAAUGGUAACAAAGGACAUUCUGAAUGCCAGUUAUCUCUGGCGGCUACAAUUCAUCCUCCUACAAUCUCUCUGUUUGCCAAGUCCAUAAAUGAACUAUUGCCAACCACAGCAAGUACAGCCUAAACUAACAUACUGUUUCUGUCAGUGAGGAUAUAAUACUUAAAAUAACAUUUUCUCUUUAACUGUUGCAUUAUUAAGCACUUUUAAAAAGCAGUCUGUAUAUGAGGAAAUACAAGCAUGUUUGCUCAGUUUAUUAACAUCAGCAGGAACAUUUUAUCCUGAACAACUGCCAGUGAAAAUGGCUUUGAUGGCUUCUUAUUACUGCUGGUGAUCCUAAGUUGAUACAAAUCACAAGCCUUAAAAUUGCAAUGACCUAUACAAUAAUGAUGUAACAAAUUGUCCAUGAACAUAUUUUUUGUAAUUUUUUAAAUAACUUUGUACUCGUGUUUUCUAUCCUCUUACCUUGAAUGGCAGUUGGCUUGGAAAUAUUGCCCAUAUUAGGGCAGAUAAAAAAGGUAAUUUUAUUUGCUCAGGAAAGGUCGAAUACUGAAUAAAGAUAUUAUGUACAUCAAUAAUGUUUUUUUUUUUUUUUAAAUAAUGUUACCAUUUUAAUAUGUGAGAAAAAUAAGGGGAGGUUUCAUUGAUCUGAAAAUUACCAACCUUACGGAUGGGUGUUUUUUUACUCAUAACAGAAAAAGGUCAUUUGAACAGGUGAGAGAAUAAUACAUAGGUUGGCCAUUAGCACAAGGAAUUCUCUACGGUCUGGUAAUAUUAUGAAUUUAUAAUAGAGUUAUCAUCUUUAUUACUUUGUAAAAUUCAUCAUGCAAGUCACUUACUUCCCUUGUUGACACCCAUUCUAAGAACAAAAGUUAAUGGUUCAUUUAUUUAAGAUUAAAAUUGAUUCAUAAUUUCCAACACUGUCAAAUACGUUUCCUAUUAUUCAUGGACAAUAUUUCUACACUUCCAGAAACAACAAUUUUUUUAUAUUUAUUGCCAUGCAGUCAUGUAGUUUUGGAGCAUAUUUGUUUGUUCUUCAUAAUACUUUGUGGAAAAUAUUAUCUCAAGGACCAGAAGUUCUUUAUCACAAAAGUCUAACAUGUUUGUGUUUCACUUGGCAUUUAGGGGGAAAAAUGUGUUGGUCAGUUCAUACAAAGGGGAAAUCCAAAGUGAACUAGCUCAAUCAUCUCUCCUUUGGACAGGCAUUACUUUCCGUUGAUCUUGGUGACAGUAAUUGUUUUGUUUUAAGGAUGGACCCUAGCAAAGUAGAGCACAUUUUGCACUCAUUUCAGCUCCUGAAUAAAGACGUGCUCCAGCGGUAAUCUGUUUUGUAUCCUCCUUUGUUUAAAAUGGUUGUCUGGAACCAUAUUUCCAUUAUCAAGCACAGCAUGUUUCGGAACAGGGUGUUACAUAAUAAUACAUGUUCUACCAAUCAAUCUACGUUGAUGAAAAAGUCCUGGAGACAAUCACUUUAACCUUUGGUUAUGAAUAAAACAAUCACAAUUUAA